UAUAUUGUGCAGCAGCUGUCAUGUUUUGUGAAAUUUGUGCCAUGUCAAUUGGACACUGCUUUUCAAGCAAUUGUCAUGGAUAAACCAUUUGUCAGUCUGGAGGUCGCCAUUAUCACUGAAGGCCUACGUACAAGUUUCUGCUUAGUGUCAUGAUUCAGGGAUUAACAGAAUUGUUUCAUGUGUCGUCGUAUUGGCUUGAGCAGUCACAUCUGCCCCAACAGUUCAUUGAGUGUGUUGUGUGUGGUGGUUGAUACAACCGUGGCCACAUCAGCAGUCAGUGGAGUGUGUCGGCUGCUGCACCAGCUCUGCCGAGAUAGAAGGAAGUGGAAUGUUUUGUCUGCAAUAAGUUUGGAGUGGCGUCUACAAUAGAAUUUCUAUUCAAUUAACUCACUGUGGACAGCGGUCUGCUAUUGCAGUUCGAUACCAUUAGCAAGUAGUGGAGGAUCAUCUGCUAAUACAGUUCUAUAGAAUCAGCCCUCAGUGGAGUGUCGUCUGCUAAUACAGUUCUAUAGAAUCAGCUCUCAGUGGAGUGUCGUCUGCUAUUACAGUUGUAUACAAUUAAUAAGAAGUGCAGUGUUGUCUUUAAAAACUGUUUCAAAAAACAUCACUGAUACAAGCUGUAUCAUCAAUAGCUUGCUUUUGGCAUAUACCACUAUAUACUGUUUGCAGCCUAUCCUCUUGGAACUCAGUAGUUUCUUGCAGUGAGUCGACCUGACACUUUCUGCUCAGCUGCUUGAAGUGAAUGUCCUGAAUAUUAUCUAAUACUAUUCCCUAUUUGCAGUUAAUAUAAAAGUUGUCUUAUCUGUUUCAUCCACAAUUCCAUUGGGACUAUUUCGAUUUGGUAAUGAGUGCGUCUGCUGUAAUGUUCUCCACACACUGAUGGCUUGAUACAGACCCAAAUAUAGACAAAAAUACAUCUCGGCUUGUGCUCUUCAUUGUUUUGUGAAAACCACAUAGUAUCUAAACCAGUAGGAGCUGGAUUCAGGUGAAGUGGACUUACCUGAGAAUCUCAGGUGAUGCAUUUUCUCCAAACUGAGGAUUUGAUACUGCUGUGACAGGACGUGAGGAAAGAAUCGCCUUGUUGACAAUAUGGAGGUUAAUUCUGCGAAAGAAAUCAGUUCAGCAGAAUCUAAAGGGUCGCUAAAGUCCGCCCCUGUCAAAACUGAGGCCAAGGAUCCCACUCUCGGUGAUGACAACUGGCCGGCACUCUCUGAGCAAACCCAGAAUUCAAAGAAGCCUUCCAAACCAUCUGGUCCCACUGCCCCUCCCACACCUCCAGCCUCCCAGAAUCACAACAGUCAAUCCCAGAGUGACUCAGGGGGAGACGACUCUGCCAAAGAAAAUAAGGAGAACUCCAUAGCUUCUGACGAAUCUCAGCGGACGCCGAAAGGCAAGAAAGCAAUCAAAGGUUCCAAACAAAAGUGGGUUCCCCUCGAGAUUGACCCACCCAAGUCCAGCCGGCGGUCAGGCAGAAGUCGGAGUCAGGGGAGACGACCCAACUCCCCAGCAUCCCGGCGAGACCCCCGGAGACCUUCAGACAGACUCGGCAAGUCGGACAAGCGAGCUGAUGAGUCCAAGAACUGGCGGGAAGACAUCACCAACGCUGCAGCAGAGGGACGAGGCCCCUUCGCAAGUUACUCUCGUGGAGGACGGAGGGGGCGUGGCCGAGGAGGUGCUGGGGGCAGAGGACGCGGGCGUGGUAGAGGCUCAUCUAGCGAUGAUCCUGAUUUCCAGUACGAUGAUUCAUAUUUUGCAGACGGAAACUUCACUCCCUACGCUGGGACGGUGUACUUUGGUGCCCCCAUGGUGGAUGAUGCUGUGCUGAAAGACUAUGUGAAGAAACAGAUUGAGUACUACUUUAGUGAGGAGAACCUGCAGCGCGACUUCUUCCUGCGGCGCCGGAUGGACAAGGGCGGCUGGAUCCCCAUCAGCCUCAUUGCCAGCUUCCACAGGGUGCAGAACCUCACACAGGACGUCAACCUCAUCAUCCAGUCAUUGAAAGACAGUGACACAGUGGAACUUUCGGAAGACUUACUCAGGAUACGAGGCUUGAACGACCCUGAGAAAUGGCCGAUUGAAGGGCCAGCUCUAAUCACGACUUCCAACCUACAUGCUGAUGUGCCAGAGUUCGUCCCCGGGCAACCCUUCAAACUACCUGAUACCGUCACCUACCCUCCUUCAAGCUCCCAUAAUGAGGAGGAGGAGUCUCUGGAGGACCUGAUGAAGGAUUGGAAGGACAGUCUGAAGUCAACGUCGGCCUCACACCUGUCCUCCUCUGCCCCUGAGCUGCAGGGGGAGUGGCGAGAAGUUCGGCGGAGGGAACGCAGAGAGAAACAGAAACUCAAGGAGGAACAGUCCCGGCUUGCAGAGGCGAAGGCCCCGGAACAGGAGGAACUAGACUUCAUGUUUGACGAGGAGAUGGAACAGCUUGAAGUGGGCAGGAAGAACAACUUCACUGACUGGUCUGACGACUCAGAUGAUGAAUUGGCUGAUAGUGAUAUCAACAAAAUUCUUAUCGUAACUCAGACUCCCCCAGCCUACCGGAAACAUCCGGGGGGUGAUCGGACGGGGGAUCACAUUCCUCGUGCCAAGAUGUCUUCAGAACUGAUUAAGGUGAUCAAUGACGGCUUGUAUUACUACGAGCAGGAUUUGUGGGAAGAGAGUGAUCAGUUUGAUGCAAUUGAUCUGCGAGACUUCAAGACGGUGAACCUGAUCAGCAAGGAAGAGUUUGACAACCUGACACCAACGUCAACAUUUCCGCUACAAGAGGUCCCUCCCCCGCCCCCUCCGCCGGUCAUGUCUACAGAACCAAAGAAAGUGCCGUCCCCCCAGACCGUGCAGCAGGACAUGGCCCGGUCACUUCCAGCCUAUGUCCCCGACACGCCGGGCAGACAGGCCCCUCGGACACCACACGCACGGAAAGAUUCCAGCAAGGCUCCACGGUUCUACCCUGUGGUGAAAGAUUCUUCAAGACCCCCAGACCCACAGACUCCAAGGAAGAAGAAGACGAGGCACAGCAGCAACCCGCCAGUGGAGGGCCACGUGGGGUGGGUGAUGGACUCCAAGGAGCACAAGGCACGCUCCAGAAACAACUCCACUUCCAUGAGCAUGAGCCCGUCGGACAGCCAGUUGUCUGUCAGCUACGGCAGCACUCCCCUCACAUUCCCUCAGUUCGAGCAUCCGUCGCACCAGCUGCUGAAGGAGAACGGCUUCGUCUGGACAGUCUACCACAAGUACCACGCCAAAUGUCUCAAAGAACGGAAGAGGCUUGGCAUUGGGCAGUCUCAGGAGAUGAACACACUGUUCAGGUUUUGGUCCUUCUUCUUGCGUCAGCAUUACAACAAAAAAAUGUACCAGGAGUUUCGCAACCUUGCUGUUGAGGAUUCCAAGGAUGGAUACAGGUAUGGCUUGGAGUGUCUGUUCCGCUACUACAGCUACGGACUGGAACGCCGCUUCCGGUUGGAUGUGUUCAAGGACUUCAUGGAGGAUACAACCAGAGACUGCGAAAGUGGUCAGCUGUACGGACUUGAGAAGUUCUGGGCAUUUCUUAAGUAUUCUCGGAGGUCAGUGGAAGUUCACCCGAUGCUGAAAGAGAAGCUUGCCAAAUUCAAGCGACUAGAGGACUUCCGAGUUGAUUUUGAGGAUCAGUCCAGUGGACCAACACCUUCAAAGCAGACAUCCCAAGACAGCCAAUCGAAAAUAGUUGCUCAGAAGUCGGGUCAAGCCAGCCAAUCAAAAUCCACAACAGAGAAAACUGACAAGCCUGCAUCCGGAUCAGAAGGUGCUGCUGCCGCUGCCGCCGCUGCCUCCAAAUGAUGCACUGUACAUAGACUGAUGGGACGAGGGGGGCAUGUAUAUAGAAGAGGAUGCUGUGUGACAUCAUUCAACCAAUAUCUGCACUGGGCAAGCUGGAAUGCAUUCUCUGUACCAAAUGUAACUUUAAAUAUCAGUUUAUGUGCAAGAGACAAUUUAAUGGCAACUUUCAUUUUCAUAUUUACCAGUAUUGACAAGAUAUUGAUAUCAUGAAAAAAAGUGAUUGUCAGGUCUAAAACUAAAUGGUUUUAAAGUUUCCAUAAAUUUGUUUAUUGCUAGAUGAAAUUAUUUGUAACAAUAUGAAAUCUGAUUUUAACUUCAGUACAAGAGUUCUAAAUCAAGUAGACGUCUAAUAUUUGCAGAAAUGGUUUUAGGCUGGUUCAGUUCAUUUAAAAGCACAGGGUGUCCUCUUGUAUGGAUUACAUUUUGCCAAGUUUCUUGGUUCCUUUUAAUAUCUGAUGAACAUCAAGGUUAUCUUGGGGGUGGUGGCCCGAUGAAAUUAUUAUGGAAGGGAGAUAACUCUUGAAUACUUGUGGAUUUGAAUGUAGCCAUAAUUAUAGUUGUGCAGUGUAAGUUGCUUAUACUGCUGUGAUAUGGUUUCUGUGCUGAGUUUCAAUAUGUAAAAUAUUGAUGGUGGACAGCAUGGUGUCUUCCGUCGUCUGCCACUUGUGAAUAUUUAUAAUAGUCCUCUGUAUUGUCAAGUGAAGGGAGAUAAUCAUGAGGUAUAUUCAACGGAAAAAAAUGUUGCAUAUUCAAUUCCACUUUUGUUUUAUGAUUUUGAUGUUUGUAACAGUUAUUACAUUGACGGCCGAGAAUUUAUUUUAGCACGCUGAUGUACUCUUGUUUUAGAGUAGAUAUAGGAUUAUUUUCAUUUUCAUUUCAUUUAGUUGAACAAGACAUAUAUACAUUUAUCACCCUAGUGAAGUGCUUUGAUUUUCAUGUGAAAAUGGUACAAAGGAAUACUUAAUCUUAUCAAACAAAUAUUUUCUUUGACUGCAGCUAUGCUUGACCAAUCAUUUUGUCAUAGCCAACAAGGCCUCUGUGUUUCAUAUAGAUGGUAAGGAAUCUAGUUUUGAUUUGUAUAUUCUCAGUAAAAUAUUUCCGAAGAUGUAAUUCAUAAAGGAUAAACUUGAAGUAAUACUAUUUUCAAGGUAUCAACAAAGUUUUAUUUUCAGUGCUUAGGGAAAGAGAGACAAAAUUCCAUAAAGACAUGGACAAGUUGCAAUAUCUUUUCAAAGUUGUUUCCGAACUCUAGUGAAGUGUUUCAAGUUGUAUUAUUUAUGGACAAAGUGAUCCUUUUGCUGAACUGAAGGUGAUGUGGAUAUUUGAAUGACUGUACGUGUGUCUCAGCUGGAGUGGUGGUGCAUUGCUUUCUUCAUGUUUUCAGUGUUUUAUUUUCAGGGAAAGUCUGCCUCUGUUUCCAUAACGCCGUUGCUAUCAUUCAUUCGUUCAACCAGUCUGUGUUGCUAUGUGUUGUUGAUGUCUGUGAAACAAGUUAGGAUCUAGUUCAGUGAUCUCUACCAGUUACAUAUUUCAUGUUGUAGGUCAAUUUCACAUUCUGAUAUUUUCAAUGGCUGUGGGAUUGUUGGGAUGUGGACUGAUGGACAGAUGGACAGAAGUAAGGGAGAAUCUAUCAUUGCAGAUAAUUCGUGACACAAUGUGGUCAUUAUCUGGUGUGUCAUGAUAAGUGUUGAAUGAAAGACGUCACGUCUAGACUACCUCCCUUGAGGUUCCAUGUUAUGGGGGCAUUGGUGGCCCACUCAUCUAAGCCACCCAAUCCGUGGCAGAGUUGCAACCCUUGGCCACUCCAGAAACUUUUGAUUGUGGGUUCGAAUCCCAGUUCGUUAUGUUUCUAGUUUUCUAAACACCAUGCUCAUGCUUGUUGGUUUCACCAAAGUGGUAAACGUCUGAGACCUGCAUCAGUUCGGACUUUGCUCCCACAUUAAGCUGAUGCGCUGUGAUUGAAUGGGAAUACUGCUAAGAGGGGUGUUAAACCCAACUCACUUACUCCUUCAUGUGUCUGUCCAUCAGUAUCUAAGGAAUUCCACGUCUUACAUGUAUGGAAGUUAACUUUCUACCUUAACACCUUGUUGACUCCGAACUGUUUGUUUACAGUGCUGUUCUGUUGAGAACCUAGAUUUGGCUUGACCCACAGACCAGUAGAUCACAAGAAAUACACUCAACUCCAAAGUGAUUAUUUUCGUCAUGUCUGUUUGUGUUUGUCAUUGUAUUUAGGGUAUUUAACAUGUGUCAAUAUUUUUUUCAUGAGAUUUGACUGAGGUAGAGUCACGGGACCACAACACAAUCAGGACUUGAAAUGGCCUCGCAUUUAUGUGAUACACUUUCGUGAACAUGGUCAUUUUAAAUAGAACACAAAGUUGUAAUAGUAAACUCAACUUAAUGAAUGUUAGUUUGAAAAUCAUUAUUUGUGCCUGUCAUGAUACCAAGUGUUGCUUGUUUGAAGACAAGAACUUAUGCAAGAACUUACUCUGACACUGUGUAGAGUGUACUGAUGGCAACAUGCCGCACACUUCUGUAGAGAAACUCUCAAAGGACUGACAAUUAACUGCUGACUGAAAUCUGGACAAACCAUCAAAAGUAAUCCUGUUCUUUGUUUGCUGAUAGUGUUGCUUCUUUUAUAGUGUUUGAGUAUUGGUGACCCUGUCUGAUUUAUUAGUGCUUACUCUCUUGUUGUACAUAAACUGUUUCAUAUUUGAAACCUAUAUUGCACCAUAUUGAUCUGUGUGACCUUAUACAUAUAGCUGUAGUACUGUACAGAACCCAGCAUCUGUGUGAAUGUCUGAUAACCUUAUAUACCAGUGAGUCUGGCAGUGUCUGUAUUACCAUAUUUAUCUUAUCUUCAUCUUCCGUAACCUGGUGAUGGUGUACAGUUCAUACAGUUUUUCAUAGUCAAGUCAUGGGCUAUCAAGAGCAUGUUCUGUCAGCCUCUUGGGUUAUCAAGAGCAUGUUCUGUCAGCCUCUUGGGUUAUCAAGAGCAUGUUCUGUCAGCCUCUUGGGUUAUCAAGAGCAUGUUCUGUCAGCCUCUUGGGCUAUCAAGAGCAUGUUCUCUCAGCCUCUUGGGUUAUCAAGAGCAUGUUCUGUCAGCCUCUUGGAUUAUCAAGAGCAUGUUCUGUCAGCCUCUUGGGUUAUCAAGAGCAUGUUCUGUCAACAGCUUGGGUUAUCAAGAGCAUUGUUAAUCUUUGGAAAUUAUCAUGUGAAAAUGUUCCGUUAAUUACUUGGGUUAUCACAUGCAUGCCACCUGCAUAACUGGCCUCUUAUUUUUGCUCUUGAUACAGAUUCCCCCCCUGCUGAAAGUAGUUUUAUGUAAACAGACCAUAAUUGAACAAUGUGCCAAAUUGGAGUUGUUAGGAUUAGGAGACGCUAACCUGAAGACUUGCUAGAGCAGCUCACUAGUUUGUGUCAGCCCAGCAUCUCAGUCAAAGCGUUGUGCUGUACCAAGGUUUUCCUGUCUACACAACUGUGAUCGCCGUUGUCCUCCAUGUCUUCUGUUGGGCUGUUUCUCUCACUAUGCACGUCUGUAUGCAAUUACUUGACUAGGUUCUCUCGCUGUCCUGUGGUCCAAUCUGUUAAUGUCGUCAUGAUACGGUGUCAGGGGACCCUAUCUGCUGAACACAAGUAGGAGCACCUCCAUAAUCCCCUGGCAGAGUCGCUACUGGCUAAUGUUGUUGAUCUCACUAAUGAGCGAACCAGCCCUUCCAAACUCUGAACCACCCGAGCUCUCUGAGUUUUAAUUAUCGGACUUUGAAGUUUAAAUGAGAUAUUUGUAGAACUGUAGAGUUGAAUGAGUCCCGGUCAUGGUUUCUGAAAUUGUUUGUACUCUGAAAGUGAUAGGUUGAAAAUAGUAAUAAGUAUUUCAUUUUUUGAUGAAAUGUCAGAGCUUUAAUAUUCUGUCUCAAAGUUCACAGUGGCUGGGCGGGGAUGUAUGGAACAGCACCCACUUGAAUAGACUUCCCAACACUAACAUUACACCAGGAGGAAUUGUCAAAACCACUCUGUAGAAUAUUUUAUUGUUUUUUGGUAGUAAUCAUUAGUUUGUUAAAUUGAUAAGUCUUGUGUUCAAGAGAAUGUUAGAAUGAGUUGUGGCUUGUUAACUAUGUGAAAGAUGAAUGCUCUGUGUAAGUUUAGGAUUUUGUUUUUGGAAUAUGAAAUUUGGGUCAUACAUAUUCCGGUUGUCUCGUUAGCAGUUUAUGCAAGCUCCCAGACUGCCAGGAAAUGAUCUUAUGUUUUUGGGAGAUCAAACUUUCCGAAUGAACAGUCAGUUAUGCAAUAGAUGAGGAUGUGUGAUAGUACUUUAGUGGGAUAUAAGCUACCGUUGUGAGAACGAAGGGAGAGGUGUAGCCAAAACCUUUUGUUUCUCGCAACGGUUUCUUUUCAUCCCAAUAAAGUACUGUGACAAGUCCUCUUUCUUAGAGCAGAGCCAAAUACUCGAGUUCCAUGGAUAAGAUGGCUGUUCAAAUGUCUCUUUCCACUUCCACUCCUGGACCUUGAACCCACAGCUGAGGCAUCUCGAAGCACAUGCAGCUUGAGCAGCAUUCAGCCGAGGAGGCGUCUUGAAGCACGUGCAGCUUGAGCAGCAUUCAGCCGAGGCGUCUUGAAGCACGUGCAGCAUUCAGCCGAGGAGGCGUCUUGAAGCACGUGCAGCAUUCAGCCGAGGAGGCGUCUCGAAGCACGUGCAGCAUUCAGCCGAGGAGGCGUCUUGAAGCGCGUGCAGCUUGAGCAGCAUUCAGCCGAGGCGUCUCGAAGCACGUGCAGCUUGAGCAGCAUUCAGCCGAGGCGUCUCGAAGCACGUACAGCUUGAGCAGCAUUGACAUGUAAAGUCGGAGUACAUUAUUGGGGUACAAUUGUGACAUGACCCAAAUGACGAAAGCCCAUUGGAUCAGAGCUUUACUUGUGCUCUAAGGAUUGUUAACGAGAUGACAACAAAGGUGUGCCCACACCUUGUUUUCUAUCUUGGUCUGGCUGAUUUACCAAAGAUUGAUGAAACUAUUGCAAUCCGAGUCAGCUGUUGUUAAGUUUGUUAAGUUUAUUGAAAUUGUAACACUGUUCCUUGCGAUCUCUUAUAACAAACAUCAGGUUAAUAAUAUGGCAUUAUUGAGCUCUUCGUCACAGAAGCUACUGUUGAAUUGUCACAAGUGAUGAAUAUGUUUCAUAUUUCUGUCAAGUCAAAAAUAUUCCAUGCCAUGGAAUAAGAUUUAUUUUGUUUAUGGCUCAUUUUUGUAAAAACUGUACCUAGAAGUAAAUUUGGUAGGAUCUCUUCCUAAAUAAUGGAAUAGAAAUGAUACCAUUUGUGUUCUGUUACUGUUAAGUGCCCAUUAGCAUGAAAUUGUGAAGUUUGUGAUGCAUACAAUAUGAUUUAGAACUAGCACUUUGUGUGUGGUGACAGUGCCUUUAUUCAAAGUUUGAUUUAUGUUAGACUACCAAAUAAUGUCUCAUUCAGUCACUUUCUGGCAAUAUUAGUUUGUAUAGAAAAAGACAACCCUUUUUAUGUACAUACAUUACAUUCAUCUUAAGGAGAGGCUCUUGUACAUACCGCUAUCUGGGAGAUUGGAUUGGUUUUUGUUCAUUUGAAAUAACCAUGUAUAUUUCUAAAAUAAUCACAAUUAUUUAUUUUACAUCAAAUGGUACAUUAUUUUGAUCCCAUUUAGGUUUUAGUAUAGAAAAUGUCAUUGAAAAUUUUAUUUGUUUUUGACCAGCAAUAAUUUAAUGAAAAUUAUUACAUUUCUUAAUGACAUUCUGAAGUAAAAUAAAUGAUAAACUGUAUAUAUAUAUAUAUAUAUAUAAAAGUGUCGUAUUCCCAGCUGAUUUAUUUUAUAAAGUGACGGUUUCCGUUUCAUGAUUUUUCACAUGAUGUUAAAGUACAGAAGAAUGAAAUUGAAAAAAAAUGUGUACCGGGUACUCCAUUUAAUCUGUAUUAUGUGCUCAAGUGAUUUGAUAUAUUUAUAUCUGUAAAUGAUUCUAGUAAUUUGUUUUUCAUUAUUUCUGGGCGAAAGGGAGAGCUUGGUGCUAUUAUUCCUGCAAGAUAAAGUUCAAUUCAAGUCCUUUUUUCCAUACAGUGUUGCUUCAUCAUGGAAAUGUUCCUAUUCUUUUAUUCAGUGUGACAAAACCUUUAACUUUAUAUUAGACAGAAUGAUGUAGUUGGUACUAGCUGCACAAAGGACAAAAAAAAGAAGAAAAAAAUAUCAAAAACAUU